AUGCAGACAGUUUUGAUUCUUACCUCAGAGAAAGUGGAAACCAUCAGCGUGCCCCAGUCCAGGUAUGUGCUGACUACCACACUGAGUGCCAGGGAUGCUCGACUUAAUCCGACCUGGAACCAGCCUGACCAAGACACUGAGGCCGGGUUCAAGCGCGCCAUGGACCUAGUCCGAGAGGGGUUUCUGCAGAGACUAGACUUCUACCAAGACAGCUGGCUGCCAGCCCGGGCCUUGGUGGAAGAAGCCCUGGCCCGGCAAUUCCAGGUGGACCCAAGUGGGGAGAUAGUAGAACUGGCAAAAGGUGGAUGCCCCUGGAAGGAGCACCUCUACCACCUGGAAUCUGGGCUGUCCCCACAGGGCACCAUUGCCUUUGUUAUCUACACUGACCAGGCUGGACAGUGGCGGAUACAGUGUGUGCCCAAGGAGCCCCAUUCAUUCCAGAGCCGGCUGCCCCUGCCAGAGCCAUGGUGGGGUCUUCGGGAUGAGGCCCUGGACCAGGUCAGUGGGAUUCCUGGCUGCAUCUUUGUCCACACCAGCGGAUUCAUUGGUGGGCACCACACCCGAGAAGGUGCCUUGAGCAUGGCUCGGGCCACCCUGGCCCAGCGCCCAGUACCUAAACCUCCCACAAAUUCCCUAGGCCAAUAAAACAUCCUCUAUCUCGUACUGAAAAAAAA